AUGAACAGCAUAUAUGAACUAGAUUCAAAAACAAUAGCCAAUAUUAGAUCAGAACUUGUAAUACCCAGCUUUACCGAUGUUUUAAAAGAACUUAUAGAAAACAGUAUUGAUGCCAAUGCUACAGAAAUUAAUUGUACUAUAGAUUUAUCAACUUUAAAAAUUUUCAUUCAGGAUAAUGGUGAUGGAAUUGAUCGAUGUGGUCUAUCUAAAAUAGGUAAAGUGGCAUAUAUUACCACGAAAAUAAAAAAAAUAAAUGACUUACCAAAUUUAUCAACUUUUGGAUUUAGGGGUGAAGCUUUAUAUUCGAUUUGUAAAAAUUGUACAAAAGUGAAAAUAAUCUCCAAAAGAAAGGACUAUAACACUAUAUGGUGUAUUAAGCGAAGUGAUAAUCAAAAUAAAAACGUGGAUUUCGAAUUAACUAGAUGGCGUGAUGACCCGCCAAUAUUAUUACUGCCCACACACGGGACUAUCAUAGAGAUAGAUGGAUUUUUAGAGAAAUUCCCUAUAAGAAGAAAAACUAUCCAACAAAUACCAGCUUUUAAACUAUUAACCGAAAUUAAACUUUUGAUAUUUAAUAUAUUGUGCUGUAAACCUUUUAUCAACUUUACGUUGGAAACGGUUACCCAUGAAUUACUUAUCAAAUCAACAAAUGUCACUAGUCAUAAUAAUAAAGAACUUAUCCACGUUUUUACUAAUGUUUUCGGUUAUGUUAUUCCCACUAAUUUUUUUAAGAGGGUUGCACUUAGUUUCCAGAAUAUUUCUAUUGAUGGUGUUAUUUCGACCACCAGUGUUCCUACUAAUAGAUUCCAACAUAUCUUUAUAAACAACAGACUUUACGAAAACCCAAGGUUGUUAAAAGAAAUUAAUCAAGUUUUUAAUAAUUUUAAAUUUGGACAGGAAUUUGAGACAAAAUCUGUCGGUACUCCAUAUAGUCAUUACCCAAUUAUAAUAUUGCGUAUUUUUGCACCUCAAAAUAUUAGUGAUUUAAUCCAAAGCCCAAGUAAAAAAGUGAUUUUACAUUCUGCCUUUGACAAAAUUCACAUUUUGGUUAUGAAAAUAAUCGAAGGUUUUGUAAAACAUUUAAAAUCUGUUGCCUUCGUUGAGCACAACCAAGCUACUUUGCCAACAUCAAACACUUUAUUAAAUUUUAAUGGUCAAGUGUCCGAUCUUACCACAAUCCGCGAAACAAAAUUGGCAAUUACAAAUAAAAGAUCGUAUCCUGAUAUCUCAUCUAUAGCACCCAACACCAAGCUGGAAAAAACAAAUUUUAAACGAAUUUCCCCUAAGAGAAUAACACACAAUUAUAAUUAUUACCGGCAUGAUAUAAACAAGGCCUCACAGUCUUUACCUAAUGUUAUUAACUCUACAGCCAAGGAAAUCAACAUUAAACACACACAAUUGCGUUCUUUUAGAAUAAUAAAUCAAGUUGACAAUAAGUUCAUAUUAGUUAAAAUCCCAUCUUUUACUGAAAAUAAUGAAUUAUUGCUUUUAAUUGAUCAACAUGCCGCCGAUGAAAGAGUGAAAUUAGAGAUGUAUCUACAUGAUUAUAUUAUACAAAGAAUCAAAACACCAACUUUGAAUGUGUGCAGUUUAGAAAAUCCCAUAUCUUUACAAGUCACAUCAUUAGAAAUGUCCAGUUUAGAAUAUUAUUAUUCAGAAUUUGAGGUAUGGGGGUUUUCGAUUCAAAAAACUACCAGUACAUCUAUAGUUGUGAAAUGUUUGCCUCAAAUUUUAAAUCAGAGAAUAGGUAAAGAUUACAACUUUUUAAAAAAUGGUAUCCUCCAACAUUUAUAUGAUUUACAACAGGGGAAAAGGUGCAAAUUUAAGAAAAAUCUAAUAUCUGAAUGGUGGGUUAACGUUAAUUCCAUACCCAUAUUGCUUUUAGAACUUUUUACUUCUAAAAGUUGUCGUAAUUCUAUAAUGUUUGGUGACGAGCUAACUUUAGAUGAUUGUCAAAGCUUGGUUACAAAACUAGCAGAAUGCAAUAUGCCAUUUAAUUGUGCUCAUGGAAGACCUUCUAUUGUUCCGUUGUUUAACAUAGAUAUAAAACAAAAUGAAUCAAUAAUUAAUAAAAUGCAAGAUUAUUUAUUAUAA